AUGGAUAAAAUGCCGAAAGAUGCUUCCCUAAUCUGCUCUAUAAUUCCUCACAGCCUCUUUCUUCAGGGACUUAUCCUCUUGGGGUUGAUUCCUGGGGAUCAGACGAUGGAAAGCUCCAGGAUGGGUGUAAACCUGCAUGCCAUAGGGGCUGAUACUUCGCAAGCCAUGCGGCCAACUACACAGGAACUGAAAAUGUGCCACGACUUUUCUCCUGUUCUGCGCUUUGAUUUCUCAAGAAAUGAUCUGAUUCUCCUUACUGCUGCGCUGGCCUUAUCAUCCAAGGAGGGCCGCGGCACAUCAUCCGCACUUCAGGUCGACUUCAAUUCAUAG